AUGGCUAGCCCUACUGUUCUCACCUUUGAUGCUGAGGGGCGUGCAGUUGACUUUGACGUGUGGGUUGACGACCUGCAGCUCUUUCUUCAGUGUGACUCUAGAGAUGGGGUAUCCCUUUUCGAUCACACGUCCGGUGUCUCUAUUGCUCCUGCUGCCACUGCUGACAGUACGGUUCGCUCGCAGUGGACCACUCGUGACGCUGUUGCUCGUCUUGCUGUUCGUAGUCACCUGCCGCCUGCUGAGCGCGCGCAUUUUGGCCAGUACAAGACUGCUCUGUCUUUGUACGACGCUGUAGUUGCGUGCUACUCCUCCCCUGCCACUGCUGCCCUCAGCCGCCUCAUGCUGCCGUACCUUUUCCCUGACCUUGCCGCCUUUGCCACAGUCGCUGACCUCAUUACUCACCUCCGCACUAGUGACGCCCGCUACUGCGCUGCCCUUCCCACUGAUUUCUUCAGGGACCACUUUCUCUCCCUUUGCCCCACCGAGCUCACUGUCGACCUGCUAGAGGAGCGCCUAGCUGCAGCUGAGAAGAGUAUCUUAGCUGUAGGUGCUUCUCGCGGCAACUGUCGCACCCCUUUCUUUGAGGGGUGUUCCCCUGUCCCCCUUCUCCCCUCUGUCGCUUCUGCUGCUGCUGUCGACCUCGUUGGCACUGAGGAGGUUGGCGCUGCGUCUGCCCCUAGUGGGAGACGCCGCAACAGCAAGGGCAAGGGGAGCAAGGGUGGUGGGGCGGACGGAGGGGGCGGCGGCGGAGGCGGUGGAGGAGGCGGAGGGGGUGGCGGUGGGGGUGGGGGUGGUGCCGGGAGUGGGGGCUUCAGUGGCGGCGGUGGCGGUGGUGGAGGCAGCGGCGGAGAUGGUGGAGGCAGCGGCAGCGGUGGUGGAGGCAGCGGCAGCGGUGGCGGGGGUGGCGGUGGCGGUGGUGCUGGUCGAGGUGCAGCCGCGCAGCGUGGAGGCUUUGGUGGUAGCCAGCGCCAGCAGCAGCCGCGUUCCCGUGAGACCCCGUCGGCCCAGCAGCUUUGUGAGUGGUACGCUGGGCGUGGGAGGUCUGGGGGUGCUGGUCCCUGCACUUACGUUCUUCGCACCGGCAGUCGUCGUGGGGAGACGUGCGGGCUGUCCCACACUGCGCAGCGCUGCUUCGGUCGCCUGACUGACGCCUGGCGCGCCCAGUUUCCUGACGCUGUUGAGCUCCCUCGCUGGGGUGAUCUGCUUAGGCAGAAUGUUGCUAUCUUUCAUCUUGAUUUCGAUGCUAUCCUUGCUGCCAUGUAUGCUUUGACUGAUAGUGCUGAGGGUGACUGUUACCUGAGUGUCCCGCCCGACCCGGGCAUUGCGGCUGCUGCUCUAGGUGCUAGUGCGUCUGCUGCUCCAGGUACUGGUGAGUCUGCUCUCUCUGGUACUGCACCUACUGAGGCCUUGCACACUUUCACACUUGACUCUGGUGCUUUGUGCUCUUUCUUUAGAGACAGCACCACGCUCACGCCGCUCAGUCGGCCUGUAGCAGUCUCCCUGGCUGACCCGUCAGGGGGCCCAGUAGCCGCGUCUAGUCAAGUGUUUGCUGCUGCGUCCAGGUCUAGUCCUGCGUCUGCCCCCUGCUCGUGUCGUCCUCUUACUCACGAGACUCUCCAGUGGCAUCACCGCCUUGGUCACCCCUCCCUGCCUCGUCUUCGCGGCAUGGCCUCCCGUAUCCUUGUCUCGGGUCUCCCCCGGUGCCUUCCUCCCUUCCUCCGGGGCCUGCCCCCACUUGUGUUCCCUGUGUCGAGGGCCGGCAGCGCGCCGCUCCUCACUCCUCCUCGUUCCCUCCGACCGAGGCUCCCCUGCAGACUCUUCACAUGGACGUGUGGGGCCCAGCCCGCGUCCGUGGACAGGCUCAGCGAGAGUUUCGGGUCGGACCUUCCUGUUCUGCGUCUGCACUCAGACAGAGGUGGUGAGUUUUCCUCCGACCUCCUGAGGGCCUUCUGUCGUGCGGAGGGCAUCCGCCAGACGUUCACGCUUCCGGCCUCCCCACAGCAAAAUGGGAUUGCUGAGCGCCGCAUUGGCAUGGUCAUGGACGUCGCUCGUACGUCCAUGAUCCAUGCGGCUGCUCCCCAUUUUCUGUGGCCGUUCGCGGUUCAGUACGCGGCGCAUCAGAUCAACCUUCAGCCUCGUGUCUCCUUGCCGGAGACCACACCUACUCUGAGGUGGACAGGGAAGGUUGGCGAUGCGUCUGCGUUCCGUGUCUGGGGAUCUCGAGCUUUUGUCCGCGAUACUUCAGCGGACAAGCUGUCCUCCCGUGCCGACGUCACAUUUGACGAGUCGGUGUCUUACUACUGUCUCUUUCCCUACCGCGCUGCCUCUCUCCCCCCCCCGCCACUCUUCCUAGUACCAAGUACUCCUCCGGUAGACCCCCUCCCCCCUCAGGGUCCUGCCCCCUCAGGUGUGUCUCAGGUAGACCCUGCCAAGCCGGUCGAGGUAGCUGUCGACUCAGGUGCUGCUAGGGGUGAUGAGCCUGCGGGUGCGGGGACUGGGGGUGCUGAGCCUGGGGUUGCUGAGCCUGAGCGUGUGGAGCAUGGGGGUGCUGACUCUGGGGGUGCUGCGUCUUGGGGUGCUGAGCCUGCGUGUGCUGAGUCUGGAGGUUCUCCGGGUGUCCCGUUGCGGCGGGAGCCCCUCUCUCCGCAGCGGCUUCGUGAGUGGUACGCUCGACUCUUUCGCCGUGCUACUAGUGCUACUGGUGCUGGUGCCACUGGUCCUGGAGGCGUUCGUACUGGAGCUGCUGGUGCUGGUGCUGCUGGAGGUGCUGCUGGUGCUGGAGCUGCUGGAGGUGCUGCUGGUGCUGGAGCUGCUGGAGGUGCUGCUGGUGCUGGAGCUGCUCGAGGUGCUUCUGGUGCUGGAGCUGCUGGAGGUGCUGCUGGUGCUGGAGCUGCUGGAGGUGCUGCUGGUGCUGGAGCUGCUGGAGGUGCUGCUGGUGCUGGAGCUAAUGGAGGUGCUGCUGGUGCUGGAGCUGCUGGAGGUGCUGCUGGUGCUGGAGCUACUGGAGGUGCUACUAGUGCUGGAGCUGCUGGAGGUGGUACGGGUGCUGUCUCUGCUGUUUCUGAAGGCGCUGCACGGCCGCGGCUGUACUACGUUCCGCUCCUUCAGCAGCGUGUCCCUCUGGCCUCUCCUCCUGCGUCCUCUCUUCCUGACGGUCCGGACCCGGAGUCUGACUCCCUUCGUGCUGCUAGUCCUACUGUCACGCGCUUCCUGGCCACUGCUGUCACUGACCCUUUGUUUGAGUCCACUGCUGCGUCUGCUCUCGUUGCUGAGCUUGUUGACUUUGCUGCAGCCUGUCGCCUAGACUACGCCACUAGUCUUGUUGGUGAGUCUGCGUCUGUCUGUCCUCCGUCCGUUGGGGGUGAGUGUGCUCUUGGCACGGACGUUCUUGAGGAUAGACAGGAGGAGUUUGAGUGCUUUGCCGCUGCUGUGCCUCAUCUCGUGUCCAUGCUGCUUGCCCCUGAGGGAGACCCGGAUGCACCAGACAUCCCGACCCCGCACUCUUACGCAGAGGCGAUAGAGGGUCCCUACUCCUCUCAGUGGCAGGCAGCCAUGGAAGCCGAGAUGGCUUCUUGGAAGUCCACAGGCACCUACGUCGACGAGGUUCCCCCACUUGGGGCAAACAUCGUCAGUGGCAUGUGGAUCUUCAGGGUGAAGCGGCCGCCGGGUUCUCCGCCUGUCUUCAAGGCGCAUUACAUUGCACGUGGCUUCAGUCAGCGACAGGGAGUUGACUUCUUCCAGACCUUCUCCCCUACCCCAAAGAUGACCACUCUUCGGGUACUGUUGCACGUUGCUGCUCACCGUGACUACGAGCUCCACUCGCUUGACUUCAGCACAGCCUUCCUACAGGGCAGCCUGCACGAGGAGAUCUGGCUGCGCCGCCCACCUGGCUUCACUGGGUCGUUUCCAGCUGGUACCCAGUGGAGCCUCCGGCGGCCACUCUACGGUCUCCGCCAGGCACCCCGUGAGUGGCACGACACACUCAGGACGACGCUUGCUGCUCUUGGGUUUGCUCCUUCCACUGCUGACCCGUCGCUGUUUCUUUGCACUGACACUACUCUGCCGCCGUUCUAUAUUCUCGUGUACGUAGACGACUUAGUCUUUGCUACUGCUGACACUGAGGCACUCGCCCACGUGAAGUCGGAGCUGCAGAAGAGACACACGUGCAUAGACCUGGGAGAGCUGACAAGCUAUCUUGGCUUGCGGAUCAUCCGGGACAGAGCACAGCGCACCAUUACCUUGACUCAGUCACACAUGGUGCAGCAGGUCCUUCAGCGCUUCAGCUUCACGUACUCCUCGCCACAGUCCACUCCUCUGCUUACCGGUCACUCGCUCUCAGCUCCACCUUCGGACGAGUCCGUAGAGCCGAGUGGCCCAUAUCCAGAGCUUGUGGGCUGCCUCAUGUACCUGAUGACGUGCACUCGACCUGACCUCGCAUACCCUCUCAGCCUUCUGGCUCGCUACGUGGCUCCUGGAGCACAGAACGAAGCACAUUGCUACUUCCUUGCUCGAGAGUUGCAGCAGCGUGGCCAGCUUCGUCUUGCUUACGUGGCCACUCAGGCCAACACUGCUGAUAUCUUUACCAAGGCACUUCAGCCUUGUGAUCAUCAGCGCUUUUCUACUAUGCUAGGUCUUGUGCCUACUUGGCCUCACUUGCUCACUUCUUGA